AUGCAAGUCCUCGCGGGUCCUGGCUUGGCCGACGCUUCGUCUCGCACGGUCUCCAAGUCGCGGGCGGAGCUUUCAGCACCUCGUCACCCUCCGUCGACUGUGUUUGUAUGCAGAUGCUAUGAUCCAUUCAGGGUCACGUACGACGUCUUCGAGACCACGUACGGCUUCUUAAGGACCAUGUUCGACGUCUUAAGGACCACGAAGAUCCCGCUCGACGCGCUACAUUCGCCUCCUUCCCGGUGUACACGCGACACUUCGGGAUCCAGCCCGCGAAGCAAUAGAUCGUCGUCCGGCGGGCGGGGCGAUAGCCGGCUUCGUUUCGCGAACGUCGUGCUUCGCGUCGCCGACAACGCGCUUCGUGACGUCGAGGUCGCCCGUCACCCUCAGCAUCCCCCAGCCAACUCGCGACGCAAUGCAUCACCGACGAUCCCACUCAUCCGUCGCGCCCGAAUCAAGUCGUGA